ACAAUGGUGAGCUGCCGCCGAGCAUUACUUCUACGGUUCUAACUGACAUGAUUGUUAUCAUCCAGCUCUGUUCACCGUGGCCACUGUCGUCAGUCCACUCUGUUUCUUCUUCGAUGCGCCAUUUAAAUUUUGGCAGAUUCUCCCCGAGAGAGGACAGUAUAUUUCUCGUUGAUGGCAUCAAGUCAUGGAUAGUCUUCGAGCUUGUCAUCCCGUCCGCGCUGAUAUGGACCUACGUGAGAAGCCCUCUCUCCGGGGGCAUUACUCCACCGCUCUCCCCCACGCACCCAUCGACCUUCGUGGUGUUGCUUGUUGUGGUGCACUACAUCAAUCGUGCCAUAAUAUCACCCCUUCGAUCCUACCUUUCUUCACCAGAAUCCCAAGCCUACCUCGCCAACGCCUUCUCGCGGCCCUUAUUCUGGGCAGGCGUCGGGCUAUGGGCUCUCGGACUUGUUGGAAACGUAGUCCACGACGAGAUCCUCCUCGACAUCCGGCGCAACAACAAAUCGACUCUGAAGCCCAAGGAUGCAGCCGAUGAACAGCCUGGCAGCGACGCUACAGGGAAGCGCGUCAACAAGCCAGAGCGCUAUGAGAUCCCAUACGGAUACCUCUAUCGGUAUAUCUCAUACCCCAAUUACCUCAGCGAGUGGAUCGAGUGGCUCGGCUUCGGACUCGCGGCGGCACUGCUCCCUUCGUUCGCGUCGCCCGGUGAAUUCCUGGCGACGCUCGCUCCGCCUCACUUUUUCUUCAUCAACGAGAUUGUCCUGAUGCUUCCGCGUGCAUACAGAGGUCAUAUAUGGUACCAUACACGGUUCCCAGACUAACCCCGCGAGCGGAAAGCCGUCAUCUCAUUCGUGCUUUGACCAAUUGUCCGGAUUUUAGAGCAGCCUGACUAUGUCGUGUUACAGUAAAGUCAGCCUACCAGUAGCAGUUAACGAUCAGUAGCAAGUGCUUCACCGAU